AUGUGUACGCUUGCUGCACCCUAUACUCCGAUCGUGACAGGGCACACCCAGAAGGGCAAUCGGCUGUCGACGGUCCUUGGACUACACGAUGUGACGAAUCCAACAUUCGGCGCAAGCCAUGAGCUGAGCGAACAUCUCGCACGGUUCAGAAACCAUGACUGGCCAUCAACGGAGCUGGGUCCAUUACAAUCAUGGCCUCAUGCAUUACGCCAGUGGGUGAAUGUUAUGAUGGCAGAUCCACGAGCAGUGGCCCUCUGGUGGGGUCGGAACCGGCUGUGCCUUUACAACGACGCUUAUCGAGACAUCCUUGGGAAAAGGCACAGCUGGGCGCUAUCAAAGCCCCUUACUUCAGUUUGGCCUGACGAGGAUCCGAAUACUGCGCGUCUGAGAGAAGCUUUCAAUCACGCGGAUGCCACAGGCCAGCCUACAUUUGGCGGAGAUACAUGCUUCUUUGUGGACCGCUCUGGCUUUAAGGAGGAGGUGUGGGCCUCUUGGGCACUGAUCCCCAUCAUGGGGCCGUCCGAGAACAUUGCCUAUUUCAACCCCUGUUCAGAGACUACGAAGCAGGUCCUUUAUGAUAGGCGGAUGGCGACGCUACUUGCCGUUGAGCGUGCCAGCAACGAAGCCACCAACUUGAAAGAUUGGUCUCGAAGUGUUCUCGUAGGGCUGGAAUCCAACUCCGCAGAUAUUCCAUUCGCGGCUCUGUACUCCAUGUCUAAUCGAAGUUCCGCAAGAGAUCAUUCCGCACUAGGAUCACUCAAUGGAACACCGAUCGCCGCAAGCGUUGCAUUUGCCUCGUCACAGUGGACGUUGGAGGGCGUUCUCGAGAUGGAGUCAAGUACACUUGACUUGCCUACUACUAUGGAUUGGGAUCUAGCAAUUGAAAUAUUUGGGCCGAUGCUUGCACAGUCGAUUGACACAAACGGCGUGCAGUUUCUCAACGUUGACAAUGGCGACAACUCGUUUCCGUCCACACUGAGUGGCAAAGCUUACUCGAGAGCAUGGGGAGAUUUAUGCAAGUCGGCGCUCAUCAUACCAUUGGCAGAACGCGAUCGGGGAUCUCACAGGGGAUUUCUGCUGCUUGGUCUCAACCCUUGCUGCCGAUACGAUAAGGACUAUGAGAAGUUCACCAUGCUGGUGACAAGUCAGCUCCGCAGGUCCUUGGAUUCAGUCUGCUUAAUAGAAGCACGACAAAUGGUCAUGGAGGCUGAGCUUACCACGUACGAGCACGCUCUACUCACGGAGCGGUUGACUGUCUCCCAGCUAGACGUCAAAGACAGAGAAAUGCGGUUCCGCAAAAUGGCUGACAUGUCAAUGGUUGGCAUGUUCGAAGUCUCCGCGAUUGGUGAAUUGAACUAUGCUAACCCAUACUGGUACAACCUGACUGGCUAUCCGCGUGGCAACCAUCCGGCAUUAGAUUGGGUGAGGGUGAUUCAUGAGGAUGACCGGGACAAGUUUGCCGGUAAAUGGGCCUUGAUGAAGGAAGGCGAAGCGCUACAAUUCGAGAUUCGUCUGUCGAAACCGUAUGUCUCGGACGACUUCGUAGACGGCCAGCGGUUGGAGGGAGAGACGUGGGUAGCUGCCGCGGCACACGCUGAGUACAAGGACGGCAAAGUGCUCAACGUUGUCGGUACCGUGGCCGAUAUCAGUCGCCACAAAUUCAUGGAAGGCUUCCAACAACGACGUACGGCAGAAGCCUUAGAACUUAAACGUCAGCAGGAGGCAUUUAUGGACAUGGCAUCGCAUGAAGCUAGAAACCCGUUGGCAGCAAUCUCUCUGUCCGUGGAAAGUAUCCUUGACACGUACGAGAGUAUGUUGCAGAAGCCGGAUGACCGUUUCCUCAUCUCUCGAGACACGAUUGAAUCGUCACUGGACAGCGCAAAUACCAUCAUGGCAUGUGUUGCGCAUCAAAAGACGAUCAUCGACGACGUCCUUACCCUCAGCAAGCUCAAUUCCGGCCUGCUGCAGACAUCGCCGGUAGAAGUCAACCCGGUAGUGGAAGUCGACGGGGCUCUCAAGAUCUUCGAACCUGAGCUUCUACAAGCCGACAUUGAGCUCGAUUUCAAUGUCACGGACUCGUAUCAUCGCCAGGAGAUGAGUCGUGUUCUUCUUGACCCCGUUCGACUUCGCCAGAUUCUCAUCAAUCUCUUUACCAAUGCCAUCAAAUUCACAAAGGGCGAGCCUCGCCGACGGAUUACUGUCAGUCUCGCGGCGACAACAGAGCGACCAAGUCGCUCGGUCGAGGGAGUUUCUUACCUGAGCUCGUCAUCCAAGCGAGCUGUCAGCCCGGCUCGCGGCAACGAUAUUGUUUAUGUCCUCCUCGCUGUAGAAGAUACAGGAUGCGGCAUCGACAAGUCCGGGCUGGAUCGCCUGUUUCAACGUUUCCAACAGGCGUCCCCGAAAACACACAUCAAGUAUGGUGGGUCUGGUCUUGGUCUGUUCAUUUGCAAGGAACUAGCACGGUUACAGGGUGGUCAGAUUGGCGUCAUGUCAGAACGAGGCAAGGGGUCAACGUUAGCGUUCUAUAUUCGGGCAACGAAGUGCUCGCCCACUCAGUUGAAUGCGUCCAAGGACGAGACCUACACCAGAGACUGCCACAUCUUACUUGUUGAGGACAAUCUCGUGAAUCAACGAGUUAUGAUGAAACAGCUCCAGAAAGCAGGCUACACAGUAGCAAUCUGCAAUCACGGACAGGAAGCUUUAGACUACAUUAACACAACCCACUUCGCCAAGGAAGACGGCGUCAAACUCGACAUCGUCCUGUGCGAUGUGGAAAUGCCUGUGAUGAACGGGCUCGAAUGCAGUCAGAGGAUCCGGACAAUGGAGCGGCAAGGCGAGCUGAACGGCGAGGUGCCGAUGAUUGCAGUCACGGCGAAUGCUCGAGUCGAACAGCAGGAACUCGCGCUCCAGGCGGGUUUCGAUGCGGUGAUCACGAAGCCUUUCCGCAUGAAUGCGUUGUUGCCGGAGUUGGAGAGGUUUUGUUUGGGGGUGUGA